UUCGAAGCAGCAAAUCAGUAACCAUCGGAGGCGUGGCUUUUACUAUAAGGAUUUCUGCCCGUCUCUCCGAAGCUUGACAGUUGCUGCGAAGUAUAAUCAUGACUACGACAUCGACGUUUACCGGUCUGGACCCGGAGGGUCGCAAUAGUUCAAGGGUUCUUAGACCUCCAGGUGGAGGGUCAAGCUUUUCUUUUGGGGUUGGUGAUGAACAGGCAUCACAGCCAACUAGACGGCACAAGAUGGCCUCAAACAUAUUCGACGUUCCAGACUAUGGUACUGCACAUGUAUCUACCGCCCAGGAGAAAGGUUCUCCUGUCAGCAUAGAACCUGGUUUGGAAGAUGUGCAGAGAACGUGUCCUCUGGAUGAAUAUAAUGAUUCUGAUCAGGUGGCUGACUUGGAGGAACCUGAAACUGAAUCUAGAAGUGAGGCCUCUCAGACUACAGGCGAUUCUGCAGCUCCUGCACCACUCCCAAGCAGAAGAAAUCCCCCUGGAGGAAAAUCCAGUCUGGUUCUUGGAUAAACAUUCAUUUUGGACUUACUGGUUUUCAUCGCAGAUGGCUCCACCUUGUUUUGAAGCACUUUUUGCCUUGCAACUUUUUUUUUUUUUUUCAUAUUUCUUGUGUACUGGAAGUGGCAUGGAUUCUUUUUCUUUUUUUUUUUGCUACAUCAAUGUUCCACCUAAUAAAGAAUGCUCCAAUGUU